UGGCUCUCUGAAGCUCUACAAGUGACAACAUGCUACAAGCUCAAAUCUCAUUGUCCCGUCUGGUUGUACUCACCUGCUCCUGUCUCAUCUGCUCCAUCCUGGCUCAACGCAAGAUAUCCUCGUAUGCCAAAACCGAGGACAAGCUGUUGAGGAAUCUUUUCAGCAAAUACCAGAAAUGGGUACGACCAGUGGAAACUCUGAAUGGAACAGUACGGGUGAAAUUUGGACUGGCCAUCUCACAGCUGGUCGAUGUGGAUGAGAAGAAUCAGCUGAUGACCACCAAUGUAUGGAUGAAGCAGGAAUGGGUUGACGCCAAGCUGCGAUGGAACCCUAAGCAGUACCUGGGUAUUACGUAUAUCAGAGUGCCAUCUGACUUGAUAUGGAUUCCAGACAUUGUGCUAUAUGACAAUGCAGAUGGACAUUUUGAGGCCACGGCAACUAAAGCUGUAGUGAAGCAUGACGGCACUGUCUCCUGGACGCCACCCGCCACCUACAAGUCAGCCUGCACUAUUGAUGUCACCUUCUUUCCCUUUGACCUUCAGAACUGCUCCAUGAAGUUUGGCUCAUGGACCUACGAUGGCUCACAGGUGGACAUACUCCUGGAGGACGUCCAUGUGGACAAGCGGGACUACUUUGACAAUGGCGAAUGGGAAAUCGUGACAGCUACGGGAAGCCGUGGGUUAAGAAUGGACACGACAGGCUCCUAUCCCUUUAUCACUUAUUCCUUCAUCAUCCGGCGUCUGCCUCUCUUUUACACACUCUUUCUUAUUAUUCCCUGCAUUGGGCUCUCCUUCUUGACUGUGUUAGUCUUCUACCUGCCUUCUAAUUGUGGAGAGAAAAUCUCUCUUUGUACAUCGGUUCUCGUCUCGCUCACCGUGUUCCUCCUGGUGAUAGAGGAGAUCAUUCCGUCUUCCUCAAAGGUCAUCCCACUUAUUGGCGAGUAUCUAGUCUUCACCAUGAUCUUUGUCACACUCUCCAUCAUCAUCACAGUCUUCGCCAUCAAUAUUCACCACCGCUCUUCUUCCACGCAUAAUGACAUGGCACCCUGGGUACGGCGUGUCUUCCUGCACAGUCUACCGAAACUGCUUUGCAUGCGCAGCCACGUGGACCGCUACGCGGCGACAGGAGGGAGUCAUCGAGCUGGAGGAACAGCAGAUCUAGACUGUGGAAAGAGCUUAAAAGAAGACAGCAGCCUUCUGCUAGACUCAGCAGCACACAAACUUCAAGCAGCACUGGAGUCGAUCCGAUACAUCACUCUGCAUGUGGUAAAGGAGAAUGAAGUCAGAGAGGUUGUUCAGGACUGGAAGUUUGUGGCACAAGUUCUAGACCGCGUCUUCCUGUGGGUCUUCUUGUCAGUGUCUGUGCUAGGUUCUGCUCUGCUUUUCAUUCCUGUCAUUUACAAAUGGGCCAAAAUCAUUGUUCCAAACAAUGGUAAUCACAGUAGCUAAGCACAGAAAGUUACCGUGGUGUGUUGAGAGCUCUUCAUUUUUAUACAUAUAACAGCACAGGGAAGAAUAUUUUCUGUCUUUGUUAAGAUUGAUUGUUUGGUCGAUUGAUCAAUAUCAGAGAACCCAGCAUUAUACAGCUUUUCUGUACAAUGCAGGUAACCAAAGGACAAGACAUACAUUAGUGAGGAUACUGUAGCAUGAAACAGAAUGGAUCUUUUUUCCCACUUUUUACUAAGAUGACAGUUACUUAAACAAAAUUAUGCUUUCAUUUUGCAAUCAAUUCUUUAAAAUACU